CAGCAAACACUGCCACAUUUCUCAGGGUUGCUGGGAAGUAUUUGUAGUUCAUGGCAGCCCUGGAAGGUCGCUGUGACCUCGUGGAAUAAGGGAAAUCUUCAUGUCUUGGCAAUUAUUGGUCCGAUUACCAGUCCAUUCAUGAUGGAAUUGCUGUGCGAUACCAAGUCAUAUGCUUGGGGCAAGAUUGGGGGCCAAAGUGAAGUUUUUAGCCUCAGACGAUCUGUGGAUCCAGAGUCUGUGAGUGACGAGAGUCAGCCGUACGCAGAAUUGUGGAUGGGAACUCAUCCCAGUGGGCCAUCGAGGAUAAAGAGCAAUUCUGAACCUCUGAAAGAGUUCCUCGAGAGCCAGCCAGACCUUUUGGGUUCAUCAGUGACUCAAUUUGGCAAAGAUCUACCCUACUUAUUCAAGGUCCUCUCCGUCAAUAAGGCUUUAUCCAUUCAGGCCCAUCCGAAUAAGGAACAUGCUGAACGACUUUUCAAAGAAAGGCCUAACAUAUAUAAGGAUCCCAACCAUAAACCCGAGAUGGCCAUUGCUUUAACCCCAUUCCAAGGUCUGUGCGGAUUCAGACCGCUACAAGAGAUUCAAAAGAAUGUUCAAGAAUCUCCUCUAAAAGACAUAUUAAAGGAGGGUGUCGCCGAAGCCUUGCUAGCCGCCACUCCAUCAACAUAUUCUGAGGCGCUGAAGGAAGCCUUCAAGGACUUAAUGACAACACCAAAGGAGACCAUAGCGAACGAGUUUGCAAAGUUCAAAACAACUCUGGAAUCCACAAACACUUCAGAUCUGAAUUCAACCCAAAGAUUGUUCCUGACCCUUGCUGAGCAGUAUCCCGAGGACGUUGGCUGUUUUGUCAUCUAUUUCGUGAAUCUGGUCGAGCUCAAUCCUGGAGAGGCUCUGUUUCUGGGCCCCAAUUUGAUCCACGCGUACUUAUCAGGGGACUGCAUUGAAUGCAUGGCUUGCUCCGACAAUGUUGUUCGCUCUGGACUAACGCCCAAACUGAUUGACACGCCCACCUUAAUCGAAAUGCUAGAUUACUCUUGCAAGCCUGUCGACGAUAUGAAAUUCCAACCGGAGCAAGAAACUGAAUGGACGACAGUUUACAAUCCACCAGUCCCUGAUUUUGCCGUAGUCAAAAUCGACAUUGAUAGUGACAGCAUGAUUGAGAUCCCGAAACGGUCCUCUGCUUCGAUUUUCCUGGUUAUUUCUGGCUCUGGUCGGUACGAAUUUGAAGAAGGGCCUCAGUCCUUUCAGAGAGGGGCUGUACACUUCUUGGGUGCCAAUCAAGGCCUCAAGAUUGUUAAGCAGUCGCAGGAAAAGAUUGUGAUCUACCAAGCCUUUUGCUGAAGCAAAAAUAGCGCGUUGAUGAACUCGAUCUGUCUGAAAUUAGCUGUCGAUUUGCGCGGUAAAUCCCGUUGAGAUUCGUCAGGGUUCCUCGAAAUUAUAAGAUUACAAUAAAUACUGAUAUUGAACGUUAGAUUAUCUGGUUAUUAAAUUAUCAAUUUCACCCUUUGCUUUGUUUUGUUUUAG